AUGACGAAAAGAAAGGCUCUUUCUGGAGACGAAAGCUCUUAUAUAGAGUCGGAAACAGCUUCCGCAGACUCUAGUGAAAUUGAGGUUUUUACUUCUGAAGACGAUGGUCGCAAAGACUUUGAAACUAAUCCCUCUGUAACAUUUUCAAGCACACAAAAAGAGAUCCAUUCUCAAGUUAAAUUAAUCAAUGGCGAAUUGGUAAAGAAUACCAAGAAACCCUACAAAUGUUUUUUUGAAGGUUGUGAUGCAGCUUAUUCGAAACCCAUUCGAUUAGAAUAUCAUCUAAUGGUCCACACGGGAGAGCGACCAUAUGAGUGUCCAGAACCGGGAUGUGGUAAAACUUAUCGUCGACCGCAUAAUCUAAAAGUGCAUGCUAUAAAGCAUAGCCAGGAUCCGAGACCGAUAAAAUGUCCUUUCGAUGGAUGCGAAAAAGCUUAUCAAUAUCAACAUAGUCUUGAUAGACAUAUCAAAACUCACGAGUACGGGAAACCUUUUAAGUGUACAUUCGAAUUAUGUUCUGAAGCUUUCGUGAAGCCAAAUCAACUUCGAGAACACAUAACAAUGCAUACCGGGAAAAAGCCAUUUCUAUGUGAGCAUCCUGGUUGCAAUAAAAGUUAUAAUAAGAAACAACAUCUCACUCAGCAUCAAAGAUCCUCCCAUAAUGUUGUCCCUCGUUAUCGAUGUGCAUAUGAAAGUUGUGAGCUCGAAUUUAUCAAGCUUCCAGAGCUUCAAGCUCAUCUUCGAAAUGAUCAUGAACCCAUAAAAACCUGUAGCAUAUGCUCAAAGAAUUUCACGCAGCCAAGAGGUUUACGUAACCAUAUGCGCGUCCACGAUCCCAAUCGACUUUUAUUUCCUUGUGAAUGGGAAGGACACAAAUAUCCAAUUACGUUAUUCGCGUCAAAAAAAUUACAGAAGAAGAAUUUGAAUGAUCAUGUAAAGCGCAGGCAUUUACAUAUCCAACGAUUUGAAUGUGAUUGGCCAGAAUGUGAGCAGAAAUUCACAAGCAAGCAAGAGCUGCAAAAGCACAAAACAAAGAGACAUGAGCAACCUGAAAAGAAGAGACGUAAAAUCAACGAUUCCAUCAAAGAAGCAUCUGUCACAGAAUUGUUCACCGGUGGUAAUUAUGAUAAUUCUGGAAGAAAAAUACGUUGCACCUUUGAAGACUGCAUGUUUCUGUUUAAGCGAAAUUAUGAUUUACAAAGACAUUUGAGGUCUAAACAUUCCGGUCAAACAUCUGAAUAA